UAACCAAGAAGAUAAUUCAAAAAAGAAGAGACCAAGAGAGAGAGAGAGAGAUGGGGCGCAAGAACACAAUUUUCUUGGCAUUGGUUGUUACUUUGAUCACUAAGGAGACAAUGGCAGAACAACAUGUAGUUGGUGGAAGCCAAGGUUGGGAUGAAUCAACAGACUUCAAUUCUUGGGUUUCAGGCCAAACAUUUAAGGUUGGCGAUCAACUUGUUUUCAAGUACUCUUCUUUGCAUAGUGUGGUUGAACUAGGUAGUGAGAGUGAGUACAAGAAUUGUGAUCUUGGCAAUGCAGUGAACUCAAUGAGCAGUGGCAAUGAUGUUGUGAAACUGAACAAGCCUGGCACACGUUACUUUGCAUGUGGUACAAUGGGCCAUUGCGAUCAAGGCAUGAAGGUGAAGAUCACAACAGUGUCUGGCUCUGAGACCUCUUCCCCUGCAUCAUCAUCUUCUUCUUCAUCUAAUUCAUCUUCGGCCUCACAAUGUCUCGUUUAUCUUGUGCUCAUUGUUGGAUUGUUGAUUGCCUCUCUUCUUAACUAGGUUUGGUCCAUGAUUUAUGAAGUUUGGCCAUGGAUUUCAUUGUCUAUGUUGAAAUAAUAGUUUAAUAAGAGUGGUCAUGUGAAAUUUCUUUUAAUCAAUUUGGAAAUGUUAUUCAUAGAAUGUCAAUAGGGUUGGACUUUUGGUCAUCUUGUUAUUUUGCUUUUGUCGGAGAAAAAUUAAGAAAUUAUAUCAUAGAAAUAUGUAAGAUAUACAGUUUUAUCAUUUA